CGAUGAAGUUACAGUAAAAUAUAAGGAUGAAGAUGGCGAUCUUAUAACCAUCUUUGAUAGUUCAGAUCUUUCCUUUGCAAUUCAGUGCAGUAGAAUCCUGAAACUGACACUGUUUGUUAAUGGGCAGCCAAGACCGCUAGAAUCAAAUCAGGUAAAAUACCUUCGCCGAGAACUGAUAGAGCUUCGCAACAAAGUGAAUCGUUUAUUGGAUUGCUUAGAACCUCCUGCUGAGCCAGGACUUUCUACUAGUCUGCCUGAAAAUGAUGUUGCAGAGGGUAGGGAACACAAGCCUGCUAGUGCCGAUUCAACUGUCAAGCCAUCUACUCAAGUUAUAGCAGCAAGUAUGUCUGCUUUUGAUCCAUUAAAAAAUCAAGAUGAAAUCAACAAAAAUGUCUUGUCAGCAUUUGGGCUGACAGAUGAUCAGGUGUCGGGGCCACCCAGUGCCCCUGUGGAGGAACGUUCAGGAACGCCUGACAGUAUCACUUCUGCAUCCUCUGCAGCUCAUCCACCACAGCAACCAUCAUAUGGAGGCUCUCAGCCCCAAACUGGUCAAAUGGAUGGCCAAAUGUAUCAACAGUAUCCACAACAGGCUGGAUAUCCUCAACAGCCACAAGCUCAACCUCAACCACAAUAUGGUGUACAAUAUCAAGCAGGCUACAGCCAACAGACUGCUCCUCAACAAGCACAGCAGUUCCAAGGAUAUACUCAGCAAGCUUCCCAGGCUCCAGCUCCUGGCUUUUCUGGCCCAGCUACACAGCUGCCAGCUCAGCCUCCUCAGCAGUAUCAAACAGGCACUUAUGCUCCACAAAAUUUUACAACUCAGGCCUCCCAAUCUGCUAAUUAUAAUGUAACUCCAGCAUCGCAACCUGGAAUAGCUCCUAGCCAGCCCAGCACCUACCAGCCAAGACCUGGUUUCACCCCACCUCCCGGAACUACUAUGACUCCUCCUCCAAGUGGCCCUAAUCCUUAUGCACGCAGUCGUCCUCCAUUUGGCCAGGGCUAUACUCAGCCAGGUGCUGGUUAUCGAUAAGGAAACUAUGCUUUUAAAGAGCCCCAGGUAAAUCCAAGCAGCUGCUGAUGCUGUUCCACCUGUACAGACAAGAAGAUUCUUUAAUUGAUAUUUAAAAAAUAUUGAAAGGCAAAAUAUUGUAUGGUAUCACCUUUGCUCUUUAAUUUUCUGGGAUAAAUGACCAAAUGAAUCUUGUUUCCUGCUUUAAAUUGUAUUGGCUUUCUAGUGUAAUAUUUGUCCCAUUGGAAACACUACCUAAAUGUAUGUAAAGCAGAUGACAUUCUGGUUUGCCAUAUUAAACUGCUAGGUGAAAAUCUAGCUGACUUUCUUGAAUUGGUUUUGCUAAUAAAAUUAAGUACUAAAUUAGAUCCACUUGUUAAAAAUUAGAUAACAUAUAAAUUGUAACCUUCACAAUGCAAUUGAAUAAAAACUUUCAAAUCAUUAUUUGAUCAGUUGCAGAGAAGUCUGUUUAGUAAAUGUUAUACCUAUCUUUCUAAAGAAAACUAAGUCUCCAACUCCCAGGAUUGUGUUGAAAUAUUUUUCACAUAAGAACACAUUUGAAGCAAUUCCUGUUAUUAUAGCAGCUGAAAAAUGCUGUAGUAAACAUUGUGUAACUUUGUUCUUUUCUUUGCGUAUAUCAGUAAAAAUGACAGAUACUUGAGUGAUGAUUAUAGCCAAGGCUUUGGCAGAAAAACUCAAGCAAAUUAAAUAAAUUAAAAUGCCUUUCGUAACAGAUAUUAACAGGAGCUUAGGACUCUCAGUGUUCAGCGAGCAGUAAACUUCUUGUAAUGGAAAUAGAAUGCUGUUGUUAUGUGUUGUCUUAACAUUUUGAUUAGAUAAUAAAUAGCUUAUUUUAAUUGUUUGUAAGUUAAGGUGAUGUUACCAUGGCACACUUACAGUGAAUUACAUCAGUAUGCUGGUAAGGCAAGAUAUCUUUAUGGGUUGUUCAGAAGGGCUUAUGAGUGUUGGUUUUUGUUUAGAUCAUGGGUGUCAAACCUGCUGUGUCACAUUGCCGUUACGUGACAUUGUGAUGUUUUUCCCUUUGCAGAGCUGGGGUGAGUGUGGCCUGCACGUGACACAUCUGGCCCAUGGGCCGCCAGUUUGACACUCCUGGUUUAGAGCAUUAUGCACAUAACAUUUUUCUUGAAUUCUAUUCAGAUGUCCCUGUUCAACACUUUCUUCUUUUUCUAAAUCAAGCCCAAGGAUCAAAUAUAUUGGUUUAUUAAAACUGUAUUAUUUUUAUCUGUUGUAUAAAAACACAUGAAAUUAAUGGAGAUCAAUUAGAUGAGCCAAAAUAUUGAAGGGACAAAAACCCAUAUGGUAACUAUAAAGUAUGUGACAAAUUCAUACUGUCUUUAGCAUCUAUCUUUUAUUGAACAGAUAUUUUUAAAAGUGUAUUUUCACAAUGUUGAAUGUGCUUGUCAAUUACAGCAUACCCCAGAGUUUCAGUCCUUGGUAAAUUUUCCCCACUCUGUCCUGGAACUGCUUUUCAGUAUUAGUGUUAUUCCGUUUAUCUUGUGCCUGUCUCCUUGCACUUCAAUUUGGCAUGCGAGAGAUCCAGGUUUUGUAUGUAUCUAAUGAUCUUUACCUAUGUACUGUAUUCUUUUCUUUUCUGCCAUACAUAUUUUGAAGCUUAAAAUUCAGCACUUAUUUCCACGAACCAUAACAAUUGCUUAAAUAUAUCUUGUUUUAAGAAAGUUUGUUUACUAUUAAUUUAUUUAAAAGAUUUCUAUGGCCAUCCAUGUUAUAGUUAAAACUGUGGGAGUCUUAUAGCAACAAUACAAAAAGCAUGAAAACAGUAAGAAAAAACCAAAAACUCCUCUUUCUACUCCUUUUCAUCGUCCCAGGGUAUCUUAACAACUACCCCAUGGCCCCCACUUCACUGUUGACCUGGAAAACAAAAAGGAUGGGGGUCUGUUGGAACACCUGGGGGAAGGUGUUCCAUAAAGUAGUAAUAGCUUUGGAAAAGGAAUGCUUCAUAGCUCCUACUAGAUGGCAGUAUUUCAGAGAAGGGACAUGGGACAUGCCCAUCCUAUUCAGUCUAGUAGGACAGACAGGUAUUAUCAAAUGAGAGGCAGUUCUGCAAGUAACCUACUCUUGUGCCAUUAAAGCUUUAAGUAAUAAGCACCACUUUGAAUUGCAUCAGCAAGAAAACUGGUAGCCAAUGCAAUUGACACAAUAGAAUGUAACCUGGGGAAACCUGAGGUACCCAACAUUUAAUUUCAAAGUUUCUGAUCUGUUUUUGAGAGAAGCUUUAUGCAUAUCAGCCCACCCAGGUAAACCAGAACAGGAAACAUAACCAGAACAGCUGAUUCCACUUUAUGUAAGGCUACAUUAACAACUCUUAUAACUCUAAAAAUACAAAUCUGCCGCUGUCUCUUUCACAGCCUGAGAAGAUAAGGAAGGUCCCUUCUGAAUCAUAUUGUUCACCCAUUAAGUAGGUGUAUCAUACUCUCUUACGUGAUGGUUCCCCAGGCAGCAUCUGUUCCCUGCCUCUCAAAGUGUUUCUUACAUAUUAUAUGUAUUAACACAUUUUCUAUUGAAAAUGGAUCACAACUAUCAUCCCUAGCGUGAAAAUAUAGUGAAUGAAGCUGCUAGAAGAUGCUCAGAACCACUUGGCAUGUUAGUAUCAAUUACACACUUAUUUCUUCAAGGAUAUAUGCUCCUUGGUCUUAGCAGUUGCCUGUCCAUAGUGUUCUCUGCCUUGUCAAGUGUGUGCUUCGAAGAAUCAACUUGAUUUGAAUUGAAUCAACAAGAUAAUUGGAUCUGACGGAUCUCCCCACAAUAAUCAGUAAAAUCAAUCAAUCUCCCUUUUUCAUGUUAAAAUCUCACUAUAUAAUUUUAUUACAGCUAAUAAUACCCUGAUUAUUUCUUUUUUUCCUACUUGAUACCAAAAUAUUGUGGAAUUCCCAACUGGUUAUCAGCUUCAAAGAAUUGAAUGUAAGUUAACAAAUUGAGUCUCAAUUUAAGUAAUAUGAGAGUGUUUGUUGCCAAUAGAGAAGCUACCACAGGGCUUGCAGUGGAAUUUGUUCUGGGUAAAGAUGUACAACGUGCACAUAUUCUCAUAGCCCAAUUUCAGAGAGCCAGAGGUGCUUUUACCUAGUUUUAUCUACCAACCAGCUUCAUGAGUCAUGCCUUAAAUUAGCUGUAUGGUGACACUGUCCUUGAAAAGUGUUUAGAAUUUUCAGAUAGCACAAAAUUCAGUUGCUAAAUAGGUGUCCUUUAUAGAUUUGAAUUGAUUUCUUGAUCAAUGAGUUUUCUUGAAUUGAUUGUAUUUAUUUUUGAAUGUGUUGUAAAUAAAAUGAAUUAAUGUUUA